GGACAAAUCCGUCGUUUGUCGCGUGAUCAAGUCGGCUGCCGUCUCGUGCAACAGGCACUCGACGAAGAAGGUACCAUUGCUGCCACACUCAUUCUCAAGGAAGGUCUACCCUUUUGGGGCGAAGCCAUGGUGGAUCCGUUCGGUAACUAUCUGUUCCAGAAGAUUUUGGAAAAGGUUACCCCCCAAGAACGUAUCAUGCUUGUCAAGAGUGUCAGUCCUCGCCUCGUCAACGCCAGUUUGAAUCUGCACGGUACCCGAAGUGUCCAAAAAUUAGUUGAACUUUGUGCUCAAGACGAACACAACCAGGUCGUGGGUGCGAAUGAAGAGUCCGCUGCUGAUAUAUUGACGUACAGCCUGGCUCCGGCUGCAGCCCGUCUCUGUAUCGACAGUCACGGUAAUCACGUCAUUCAGCGUAUCCUCCUCAAGCUAAACUACAAGCACUCCAAGUUUGUCUUUGAUGCGGUCGCCCUAAGUGUUGGAGACGUUGCACGUCACCGUCAUGGAUGCUGUGUUAUUCAGCGUUGCCUCGACUCACAGCCAACGGAGGCUCGUUCUCACUUGGUCCUUCGAAUCGUCGACAAGUCGCUCGAGCUCAUGCAAGACGCAUACGGCAACUAUGUUGUCCAGUACGUGCUUGACGUGUGCUCUGAUCAGGAUGUUCAGGCAGUCUGCGAGAGUGUAGCAGGACGUGUCAACCUUUUGGCGAUUCAGAAGUUUAGCUCCAAUGUUAUGGAAAAAUGUCUCGAACGUUGUUCGGAUCGUAUCAAGGAGAUGUACUUGGACGAAAUGAGUAGACCGGAACGCAUUCGCGAGCUCAUGAUGGAUCCUUUCGGGAACUAUGUUGUUCAGCGAGCCUUAUCUGUUGCAACGCACACACAAGCCAUCCGUUUGGUCGAAGCCAUGCGUCCACAU